UUGUGUCAUUUUGUGUUACGUCAAAUAUGGAGGAGGAUCGUCUUUUCGACGAGAGAAUUUCAAUUCGAGAAUCUGCCCGUCCUCUGAAGAAAUACGGGAGCACAUGCAAUCACAUGAAAAGGAACGAGGAAUACAUCAAACAUGUGAUGACGAAGGGUGACACGUUACAAGGAAUUGCAUUAAAAUAUGGUGUCACAAUGGAGAAAAUUAGGCGGGCGAACCGUCUGUUCGCGUCGGAUAGUUUGUUUUUGCGGGAGUAUUUGUUGAUUCCUGUAACCAAGGAGUCUCCUUUUUAUGAGAAUGGAGAGAGGGUGACGGAGCCUGCGCCGCCAAGCCACCGCGCGUCCAUAGCUGGCAUGCCUACGAGGGACUUCUCACCAGGAAGUCCUGACGAGAAAGAGUCAUUCGACAACUUUCUCAACAGAUUGGACUCCUCUAUUGCUAACAUCAAGAAACAUGUGGAAAAGUCCAAGGAGAACAGUGAGUUCGUCAAAGACUUGGAGGACAGUUUCGUCCGACACCGGCCGACGGCGCGCCUGCGACAGUCGCAGUCCAUGGGCGCGUCCACGUCGUACAACGAGGUGAUACCGCCGCCGCUGCCGCCGCCGCCCGCCGCGCUCACGCAGGGCCGCAGGGUGGACAGCUCACUCAGACGCCUGGAGAGGGCCCACGACGACCUGUUCCAGUUGUAGCGGUCGAGACAGCGCAGAUAUGCGCGAUUCGAAUGAGCGGGAAGCUUCGGCGCUGUGACGUCACAGCGCACGAACGAUCACCGCGAGGCGCCGCACUACAGCGACGCUGCACGACACGAUCUAUGAACUGAUAGUACACGCUUGGUGUUGACACUUUACGGGAAGUGAUAUUAGAUAGUAAAUUACUGUGAAACUUUUGAUCUAUUAUGAUUGGGCCGAGUUUUUACUAACAGAAGCAAAUUAUUUAAAAUAGAAGCAAUAAAUCAAAUCAAUUUGAUAAAACCGGUUUAAAAAUUAAGUACAUAUUCAGUACAGUUUUAAUUCAUUAACAUUGCAGACCAAAGAAAUUGAUGGACAAAUAAAGUCUUUACUGUACUACUUACUGUCAUAUGCAAACACUGGUACUAAAGGCAAUCCGAACGAUAACCUCACUGAGGCGCUUCACUACAGCGACGCUGCACGACACGAUCUAUGAACUGAUAGUACACGCUUGGUGUUGACACUUUACGGCAAGUGAUAUUAGAUAGUAAAUUACUGUGAAACUUUUGAUCUAUCGUGAUGUUUGGGCCGAGUUUUUACUAACAGAAGCUGUAUGUUUAAUUAUUUUUUAAAAAUUAAGUGCACAUUCAGAACAGUUUUAAUUCAUUAACAUUGCAGACCAAAGAAAUUGAUGGACAAAUAAAGUCUUUACUGUACUACUUACUGUCAGAUACAAACACUGGUACUAAAGGCAAUCCGAACGAUAACCUCACUGAGGCGCCGCACUACACGAUCUAUGAACUUUACGGCAAGUACGGUGUUAACACUUUACGGCAAGUGAUGUUAGAUAGUAAAUUACUGUGAAACUUUUGAUCUAUUGUGAUUAUUAUUUCUUUAAUUGGACCGAGUUUUUACUAACAGAAGCCGUACGCUUAAUGAUUUGAGAUAAACGCAAUAAAUCAGACCAGAUUUAAUAAACGAUUAACUACAUAUUUAGAAAUAAUUAAAUUGACUUUCGGGCAGACUGCCGCCAAAAAUUUUUGUGGGUUUUAUUUUAAAUCUGCACACUUUCGCAGAAUCGCGUGACAAGCUAAGAAACUCGCAGCGACUAGAUGCCGUCUCUAUUAUUUACUUUUACUAAUAUUACUAAAAAAAUAUGGCUCUUUGUCGAAGACAGAAGCAGCUUAAAUGACUUUAGGAAGCAUUAACAGUGCCUCUGCUGUAGUAAAUGUACAUGGACGGUUGUGAUCACUUUACAUCAGGUGACCUGCGUGUUCGAUUGUAUUAUAGCGAAAAACUCCGUGUGUGAUGCCGCGGGAAUCAGUGGCUGAUCUGAGGUUCGACGGAUCGCGGAAGGCUUUUGUUCUCGCGUACAAUGACCCGCGUGGUUUUAGUAAUUAAAAUGGACAUUUGUUCUUGUUUCGGAGGAGUUUAGCCUUAUGAAACUAUCGCCCAGUUUGCUUGGCCCCAUAAUACAAAACCAGCUUCGAAGUUAUCUGUUAGUACAUGCACGGUAUUAAAUUCAUGUUAUCUAUGGAACUUGGUCUUUUGAUCAGGCUUGUGGUACUUGACCAAUUUUUUUUCGAACUGACGAAAAGAACAGCAACAGUGUUACAAUAUUUUAUGUAAAAUACCUGCAUAUUCCUUAUUGCUUGGUCAAUUGAACAUAGUUUGGAAUUUGUCCUGAACUGAGAAUCCUUUGAAGUUUCUCUUCUAUUCAAUAGAUACCGCAUACUUCAUAUAUAAAGGUUUACACUCUAUUUAAGGAUAGGUAGAUGAAUUAAUUAAAAUUAUAAUAAUUUUGUAAAAUAUUGUUUCUUUAUAAUUUUUCCAAAACAAUAUUUGGAAUUUUUGAACUAUACCUUUCUUGAUGAGUACUGUUUACUAACAAAGAAAUGAAGGUAGAAAACGCAUAGUUAAAUGAAUCUAGACCUAAACAUGACAGAUAAUUUAGUCCAGUUACUAAAAUGUUAGUUUUUGGCUGUGGUAGGGUAGUUUGUUCAACUUUGGGACAUUCCAAAAAUUGCUUUAUUACAAAAAAUGCUGUAAAUGUUGUUGUUGUUAGAGAUUUGGUGAUGCUAAAUUAGCUGUACUUGAAUGGUUGAUAGAAAAUAUUCCAAAAUAAAUUAUGUAAUUAGAAAUAAAACAUAUUAUAUGUUAUGGUUGGUGAACUACCCUACCUUUUUUCAAACUUUGUAAUAAACCUUAUUACAUCACCUAUUUUAAAUUUGUUUUAAUAUUUUUUAGAAUUUCUAUUAAGCAAAUAUUGUUAGAAUUAUAUAAAAAUGCUUAUGCACCAUUUAAUUAUUGAGUGCAAGUACCUAAUGUCAAGAGUGAAGACACUGUUAAAAAUUAUCCAAUCCAAGAACGUUUUGGUAAUAUAGGCUAUGCGAAUCUUGUGUGCAUACUGUUAUAGUACUCUGAUACCAGUAUAUCGUCGGUCUUUACAGGAGAGACAACAAACAUCUUUUAGGUAUCAAUAAAAGUCGUUUUAUGCGACCAAAAGCGUUUUUAAUGUACGUACUACAAGAAAUUUACGGGCUACCGCCGGAAAAGCUGUUUGAAGCUUUCUGCAUCAAAAUCAAUUAUCACCAAAAAUUGUUAGUUAUGAGGUGUCACAUCUAGACCGACUAUAUUCGUGUGAACCUGUGAUGCUAGCCACACACGGUCCAAUAUAACCACAUACAUGCAGCGCUGCCGGCAUGACGACCGGUAAAACUCAUUGUGUAUGGUUGAAGUAAUAAUGCUUCAAAUGCACAUCGCGGUCAACACACGAUGAGUUUUACCGGAUGUUUUUUUUCAUUUUUUAAUAUUUUCAUGAAAAUCGGUUUAGUAAUCAAAAUAACUGAAAUACGUCUUUUUUGUGUUAAGUUACAUCAAUCUGUGAUCUACUACUAUCAAGUGACCAGUCGACUAUAAAUUGAAUUUUUCAUAGUAGAGAAUGUUUGAGGUUUAAGGUUGAUCAGAAUCAGAAUCAGAAUCCUUUAUUUGCAAGAAACAUUAAAUUUAGUUAUAAAAAGAUGUUCUUAUGUAUUAGGUAACAAUGUUUAACCAUUAAUAGGCAUACAAAUGUUUAAUUAAUAAAAAUAAAAUUAUAUAUGUUAAAAUGAUCUGUUGUGAUUUUGAUUUCUUUCAUAGUAACUAUAGAAGCCUUUAUAAAGAAAGCAGAAAUAGGUUUUAUAAGCUUAGUUGUUUUAGUUGUAAAGACUUUAUCAACAAAACGUGUUAUGGUUAAAUGCAAAGUGUGGUGUAUGUUGUUUUUUAUAUGAUUUAUUAUAUAAAUAAGAUUGGCUUGUUUUAAACCAAAUUAUAUAUAAGCUUGGCUGUUUUUUGUAUUUUAUAAAUAGUUGUACAAUAAUUAAUAUAAUCUAAUUUACUUGUGCCGAUCGACUGUCUUCAAAUAAAAGCAGUUAGCUAUCAAAUGUGAGUCAGAAAUAUACUUCUCAUCAAAAAAAAACGAAACAUGCCGCUUGAACAGUACCUACUUGCGGACUGUUUCGAUUUUUUUGAUGAGAAGUAUAUAUUUCAGUAUUGACCUUUUUGCAAUUGAAUGUUCUGUAACUUCCUAAUUAUGGACCAUUUUCUGAGUGUUUUCGAGGUGUAAACUAAAAAACUGAAAGAUUCUACUAAAAGUCUGGGUGAUGUUGUUUCACGAUUUUUUUCUUAGGUAAUUGAAAAAAAAAAGUAUUUAUUCCUAAAACUAUUGUUAUAUGAUAAAAAUGCGACUUUUUUAAAGACCAUUAUCAACAGUGGCGUGCACUUCAUAUAUGCAUUAAAGUACUGCAUACCCUAAGAGAUGUUUCCUUAAUCCUUAGUAAAUGCAGAUUUUCCCAGUUUGGUUAAUUUUUUCUUACUAGUGCGUACCCUGAUCGACAACCUUACGCACGCCAUUUAUCAAAUACGAUACAACAUUGCUAAGUCAGUCGAUCGGCAUCUUUAAAUUAGAUCCUGUAUACAUAAUUGUAAUCUAUGUACAGAAUGUAUAUUGUAUAACUGAUGUGUAUAAAUAUGACCUAGUUAGCGUACUGAGGUGUCUUCUCCGGUCGUCCAUAUGUUUAUACAAAAUGUAUAUUAAAAUGUAGAUAGAAAUCUUUUUGGUACCCUUGUUACUUGUGACUCGCUGUUGUUCGAUGUGUUAUACAGUGUGUUUUAUUUUAUACUGAACGGUCAGUGGCGAGCACUUUUAUACAGGGUGCUGGGGAGUAUUUCCCAUAACUUUGAGGUUAUAUUCUUUACUAAUAAUUAAUUAAAAAUGUUCAAUGAACUACAUGUUCAUUGAACAUUUUUAAUUAAUUUAAAAUUCUAAAAUUAAUAUUUUCGGAGUAAUUUCUUUUGUAAAUAGAUCCUAAAAUGUGUCCCUGAUACGCAUCCUUAUAAUUAUGACGUAGCCAAACUUUAAAAUUUUAAAAUACAAGGAUAUAUAAAGGCGCGUGUUACAUGGAUAGUCGGAAUUAUUUGAAUUAUUUUGUAUGAAAACAUGAAAAGUUUUUAUUUUUUAGUUAGAAAAAUAUUAGUUAAGCACUUCGGCUCUUAUGAGUGGACUCGUCAACACCUUGAAGUUAUGGGAAAUACUCCCGAGCACCCUGUAUACAAAAACACAAAGCACCCGUUACCUAUGUUGGUGAAGAAUUUAUCAAUUUCGAUGAUCUGAACCUACCUUACCCUAGUUAGAAAUGCUUGUGUACACCACAUGUAAUUUCAUUUCCCAGUUAAAAUAUUUUAACACCUAUAGAAUAUAGCUUUAAUGUGAUUUCUUUGAAAGUUAUUUUAAUAACUUCAACGAAUUUAAAUAGAUAAUCGUCAAGAAAUUGGUUAUCUUGAAAACUUAAUGCCUUAGAAUAAUAUGUCUGAUCUAAUACAAAAAUAAAACACACUGUAUAUUAUUUUAUGUAAACAUACUGAAAUGCUUUUAAAUUAUGUAUACCUAACUAUAUACAAAAUGUAAUAUAAUACAUAUACAGAAAAUCUAUUAACCAAAUAUCAAGUUGAACUGUAGUAGGAACAUUGACAAAAAAUAGUCCUUAAAUUAUUAUUUAACACAAAUACAAUUUGACACAAAAAAAAAACUGAAAAAAACACAAAAUAAAAAUGUAACUUUUAAUAUUAUAGUACUGUACAGUAUCUACCAAAAUACAUAUUUAACUCUAGUAAGAAAAUGUAUUUGGGUCAAAUUUGCCGCCUUUAAAAAUCUGCCUAGACGCCCCUUAAAUCAGCCCCUGGGUGCGGGGUAUUAUGACAGAAAAUCAGGAGCAAAACGCGUUUGUUCGUGAUAGAAUGAAGAAUACGAAUACCGCACUUCAUAGAUCCAGGUAUACCCAGAGAUUGAUUAAGAAUACAGUCAACAUCUGUUAUAACGACAUCUAAGGGACUACACAAUAUUAAUCGUAAUAAUCAUCGAUUCCCAAAGUUGUCCAGGACCCUCAGAAGUCUACGGAUGACUCGUCGGGGGUCUACGUUGACGUCACAUAAAAAGGGGUUCACGAUUUGUAAGCAAGGGUCCACGAAAAUGUAUCUGAUUUCAUACAGAAUGGGGAGUUUUCAGAAUUAAAUAAUUUGUGAGUUGAUUUGAGCUGUGAGUAGAUAUCAAAAAUUAAAGUUGGCUGACAUAACUUUUUCAUUAAAGUAAUUAAUUAACUAAGUAAUCAAUUCUCAUUAUUUUUUUUAACUAUUAUUUCGUGGUGGCUGUUAAUUCAGUUGCAAACAAAAAUUUUCAUAGGUGAAUCUAAUCACAUUGUUAGUUGAGUUUUGUAUAGAAAUUUAUCCGAAGGUCCACCAGAACCAGUUAAAUUAGAAAGUGGUCAUUGAGAAAAAAAAGUUUGGGGACCUCUGUUUUCAAUGUUUUUGUGGUGGCUGGCGGAGGCUUUGGCCGUGGCUAAUUACCACCCUACCGGCAAAGACGUACCGCCAAGUGAUUUAACGUUCCAGUACGAUGCCGUGUAGAAACCGAAAGGGGUGUGGAUUUUCAUCCUCCUCCUAACAAGUCAGCUCGCUUCCAUCUUAGAUUGCAUCAUCACUUACCAUUAGGUGAGAUUGUAGUCUAACUAGUAAAGAAUAAAAAAAAAAUAUGUCGUAAACGGUUUAAACAGUGUUUUUACAAUUUAGUAUAAAUUGCAUGUUUAGCAUUUACUUUAAUUGAACACCUAGUGUACGCCACUGCCUCUAUGUCGUCGUACCCCGCACCUUGUGUACUUCGCAGACGAGGGCUAAGACGUGCGGUAUAUUUACAGUUUAUAUGCAGAAACGAACCAGAAUGCUAUUUUGGCAGAUAUAACCCUAGGACUUUAAGCUGAUUGUACGAACCUUAAUCCAGAAAAUACCAAAACUUUUUUUUUGUGUAAUAAUUAUUGUUGUUAUUUAACUUUUAUAGUGUGUAUAAAAACGUGAUUCGGCACUAAAUAACUAUAUAAGUGUUUUAAAAUUUAAUGAAUGUUGAGCUUGAUAGUCUAUGGUAAUGUAAGAAUGAACAAUAAUAUCAUGACUAAUCACACUUUAGUUGUAAGUAAUUAUCAAUCGAGUCAUUGAUGUUAAUCUUUAAUAAAGAUUUUAUUUGAA